AAGAGGUUCAGAUUUACAUAAGCCCCUCCUCUUAAAAGGAAUAGUCAGGGAUACGCGGAAGUAGCGCACUGAGUGACUCAGCUAGGCAAAAAUGAGUGCGCAAAUAAAAGUUGAAUACUGUGGUGGAUGAGGGUACGAGCCCCGUUUUCAGGAGCUGAAGCAUGUCGUCACUGCUGAGUUCACUGAUGCGGAUGUGACUGGCUUUGUAGGCCGGCAGGGGAGCUUCGAGAUAGAGAUCAAUGGACAACUGGUCUUCUCAAAGCUGGAAACCAGUGGUUUCCCCUAUGAGGAUGAUAUUAUGGCUGCUAUCCAAAGGGCCUAUGAUGGCCAGCCUGUGGAGAAGAUCACCAAGAGCCGGCCUCCUUGUGUCAUUCUUUAACCUCUUAACCCUUCACAUUUGGCUCAAUUGAUUAUAUCAGCACCUAUGACUACUUUGAGAAGUCCUAAAAUUCCCUUGCAUGUGCCUGUUAACAUAAUUUGAUCAUGUAAGUCUAAGAAUCAAUAAGCAAAGGAAAUAAAUGUCUAAUAAGAGAGCUCUGGUGCUUGAUCCUUAUUGUCCCCUCCUCUUCACUCCUCCUGUCUGGUUGCUGGACAUAAAUGAUUACCGUAACUCUAAAGUAAGCAGUUACGGUAUGAGGUGUGCAGUCCAAGCAGCCAUAAAGCAGGAGCAGAAAGAUGGGAGAACAGUUAGGAGGAAGCCAAAAGUGAGGUUAAUAUCUUUUGUUUUUUGAUAAAGCCACGUUGCCAACUGGUGUCCCUAUUCUUUGGUUUAUUUGUUACUUUUUCACAUUUUGGGGUUUAUAAUAAAGAAUAAAUGUGAAGAGUGUAAUGAUACUGCUAAUAUACUAAAAAGGAAAUGCUCUGUUCAUCUACAGUAAACCAGCAUAGUUACAUUUGCAGAUGUCUUUGUGGGACUUCCAAGUUUCAAGGCACCUCAAGUGUUUACUUUGUGUCCUUUAUGUCCUCCCAUAUUUCAGCUCAGCAUGAAGAGGUCUCCUGGCCAAGCCUAAAAAUGGUUGAAAUUGAAAGUUUGUUUGAAGUACUGUAGGGAACAUACAGCUGUAACUAAUGUCAGAAUAAAGCUCAAGCUACUUGC